ACCUCUGGUGUGGGCGCUUUUAAUACUAAUGUGAAAAUUAGGGACGGUUUUUUCUUGUUCUGUUUCCGCAGUUUUUUAGUAAUCGACUCUAUCAGAUGUACUAUUAGUAAAUAUGGCCCACAUAGUGUCAUGUGUUUUAAAAGGUCAGCAUCGAUCUCAGUGGAAAAUUGGGCUUAAAACUGAUGAUAUGGCAUAUAAAUGUGAAAAAUUGAACAUGAUUUUGAAGAAAACCCAAUCUGGAGGGACAGAAGAGAACCUUAUCACUGAAAUAUCGAUUUCUUUGAGAGGAGGAGUGUUGCAAGGUGGGAUCUAAGUUUCUCUGAUGAUUAAAUAAUUAGAUCAUAAUUCGACCGAAAGAGCAGAAAAAGGCAAUUUUCCGCUCUCUCCUGAUUAGGGUCUUUUCUAAAUAUUUUUGUCUUCAAAAUGUAAAUCUGUCUCUUUUUCUGUUCUGAAUCCUCCACGUUAUGCAACGGGAAAAAAACAAGAAAGUUAAAAGCUUCACGAUUUAUGUGCUUUGUCUAUAGUAUACCUCUUUUAAAUAUAGGUGUUAUUUUUUCUCUUAAUACUAUUUUUGUUGCAGUGACUCGGCGAUCAUUUCCCCAAGAAGCAAUAAAGGGGCGACUAGACGUUUUCAAAAUGUGAUUCCCCCCUUAAAGUCGUUACAUGUUUUAAGAUCUAGAAUGCUUAAGAUAAGGGAAACAUUUAGUCUCUUUAUACGCAUACACAAAACCAGAUUUCGAGUCUGCACGGUAAGUAACAUAUAAGGGAUGGAGGAGCUAGUUUUCUCUUGGGCUAAUUUCUGAUGUAAAUUUCUUUCAUUCCUUCGAUUCUCCCAUUCACACAACCCAAACAAGCCCCAAAGCGUUUCGUUUUCUUACUUUGGGAUCAAACUCUCCAUCCGUGUGAAUAAGAAGCGGAAGAAACCCCAGCUGUUAAUUUCACAGCUCCAGAUCAUAUAUAGUCCUAUCUCUGUGUCGUUCCAAUAGAUUAAAUAAAAGCCCGUUAGAAUGGAAUUUGCCUCUGAAAAUGUAUUGCUCUAAACUUUUCGGGGAGGAGAAGCGGGAGGGGGAAUUAGCGCACUUUCCAGAAUCCCUGGAGAAAUGUGAAUCCAUCGAGGUGGGGGAAAUGUCUCUUUCCAUCUUUUUGCCCCCACCCUCCAGCGCGUCUGUGUGUCGGUCUGUCUGUCUGAAAUGGAUCUGUCUGUCUAAAGUGGGCCUGGAUCUCCCUCCAGUGUUGGGAUUAGGUCUAGAGGGAUGUGGGGUGGAGUUACACUGGUUGCCUAUUUUCAUAUUCAUUAGAAAUGGGAGGUUGCGCAAGGAGCCCUGCUGAGCUUCAAGAUAUAAGAGCAACUUCGGGUUCCCCCUUUCAAGACAAGACAAAUCAAAGGAUCAGAGGCAAAGCAGCUCCCUGAGCUCUGGAGGUCUCUUCCCCUUCCCUCCCUCCCCCCACCCCAGCUCACAGUCCAGCCUCUGUCUAGGGAAGAGGCUCCCAAGCAGCUUUAGAUGAUUAUGGAUUUUCUGAGCGAGAAGUUUGCCCUGAAGAGCCAGCCGACUAAGAACAGUGACUUUUACAUGGGAGCAGGAGGCACUUUGGAGCACGUUAUGGAAACUUUGGACAAUGAGUCCUUUUACAGCAAAACUUCAGCCAGCAAAUGCGUGCAGGCCUUCAACCCUCUGCAAAGGACUGAGCAUCAUGUGAGGCUCGAGAGGACAUCUCCCUGCCAGGACAAUAAUGUGAACUAUGGGAUUACUAAAGUAGAAGGACAGCCUCUUCACACAGAGCUGAAUAGGCCCAUGGACAAUUGCAACAGUCUUAGGAUGUCUCCAGUGAAAGGGAUGCAGGAGAAGGGAGAACUGGAUGAACUGGGAGAUAAGUGUGACAGCAAUGUCUCCAGCAGUAAGAAGAGGAGACACAGAACGACCUUCACCAGUUUGCAGCUGGAGGAACUGGAGAAAGUGUUCCAGAAAACACAUUAUCCUGAUGUAUAUGUAAGAGAACAGCUAGCUCUGAGAACAGAGCUCACUGAGGCCAGAGUCCAGGUUUGGUUCCAAAAUCGAAGAGCCAAAUGGAGAAAAAGAGAACGCUAUGGACAGAUCCAGCAAGCUAAAAGCCAUUUUGCUGCCACCUAUGAUAUAUCUGUUCUACCACGGACUGACAGCUACCCACAGAUUCAGAACAAUCUGUGGGCAGGAAAUGCAGCUAGCAGCUCGAUGGUCACUUCCUGCAUGCUACCGCGUGACACUUCCUCCUGUAUGACACCUUAUUCCCACUCACCCCGGACAGAUUCUGGCUACACAGGCUUUUCAAACCACCAAAACCAAUUCAGCCAUGUGCCCCUCAACAACUUUUUCACUGACUCUUUACUUUCUGGGGCUACCAACGGACACGCAUUUGAAACCAAGCCAGAAUUUGAAAGGAGGUCCUCCAGUAUUGCAGUUCUACGAAUGAAAGCCAAGGAGCACGCUGCGAACAUUUCCUGGGCCAUGUAAUAUCAUAGUACACUUUCUUUUUUCUUAAGUAGCAAACUAAAAACAUCCUUAUUUCCCAUAUUUAAAGGACACAACAAUAAGCUGCUGUGUUUGGAAAUGCUAGAGGUCAGGAUAUACAUUGAAGCCUGCUUACAUAAAUAUCCUAUAUUAUUUAACAAUAAAACUAAAGGAUAAACCUGAAUAGAUUUACCAAUCUCAACCAUCCCUGUUUUUUGUUUUUUAUAUUAAAACAUGUUUUAUUGUACCAGUUGAUGAAAUAUGAUUAUAAAACCUGCAAAAAGAAUAAACCUAUUAA